CUUGCCCCUGCGGGUCUGAGCCGAAUCGGGACCUCCCCGCGCUUUGACCCCCGUACCCGCCGGGUGGGAGCACCGGUUCCGGGAGGCCAGAGACCACGGCGGGCAAGCCUAGGUGCCCAGGGCCGUGACGAGGGUCGGACGUGGGAGCGACCCCCGAGAGGGGGCCCCGGGACAGCCAGCUGCCCUCAGAGUGCUUUGGUCCACGUGGCCCCUGGCAGCCCUGGAGAGGGUGUUGGUGAUGCCCUCCCCGACGCUCCAGCCCGCUGCCCUGCCUUAGUCGGGCCGAGUGGACCAGCGCGCAGGCCUAGGCCAUCUGGCCCUGUGCGGAGUGGGAGAGCGACAGUGAGCUGCUGCGUCCUGGUAGUGUUGCGGUGGGAGCCUGGGCUGCCCAGGGAGCAGAGGCUGGAGUUGUUGCUCUCCCUGGCAGGUGGAAGAACUGGCCCUCCAAGCAAUGAUUAACUCUGGAAGAGGGGAGGAGAUGCCGACCUCCCAGCCCGUACCACAGCAGCCCCAAGAUAUGUUGCUGCAUGUGGACAAUGAGGCGUCCAUCAACCAGACUGCACUGGAGUUGAGUACAAGGAGCCAUGUGAUGGAAGAAGAGGAGGAGGAGGAGGAGGAGGAGGAAGACUCAGACUACUAAAGAAGGCAAAGAUCUACUUC